UGCGCGCUGCCCAUGUGGCGCGUGACGGCCUUCAUCGGCAGCAACAUCGUCACGUCGCAGACCAUCUGGGAGGGCCUGUGGAUGAACUGCGUGGUGCAGAGCACCGGCCAGAUGCAGUGCAAGGUAUACGACUCACUGCUGGCGCUGCCCCAGGACCUGCAGGCGGCCCGCGCCCUCAUGGUCGUCUGCAUCAUCCUGGCCGUGCUGGGCGUGCUGCUGUCCGUGGUGGGCGGCAAGUGCACCAACUGUGUGGAGGACGAGAGCGCCAAGGCCAAGACCAUGAUCGUGGCGGGCGUGGUGUUCAUUCUGGCCGGCCUGCUGGUAAUGGUGCCGGUGUCCUGGACGGCCAACAACAUCAUCCGGGACUUCUACAACCCGCUGGUGGCCUCCGGCCAGAAGCGGGAGAUGGGUGCCUCUCUGUACGUCGGCUGGGCCGCCUCGGGCCUGCUGCUCCUCGGGGGGGCCCUGCUGUGCUGCAACUGCCCACCGCGCACCGACAAGCCCUACUCGGCCAAGUACUCUGCCGCCCGCUCCGCCCCGGCCAGCAACUACGUGUAA